AUGUCUUCCUUUGAAAUCUAUGCAGACCCUCAACAUUUUCAGAAUUGGGAAUCAGAAAUAAUUUUCCCGGAGUUGUUUUCAGACACUAGUCCAUUGACUCCUCAUAAACCGAACAGCCGAAAAACUGACGCCAGUGCCGGCAGUAGCUCUCGAGAGGCCCGUUCCAUUUCAGACUGGGAAGAGUACGCAUCUCAUCGCUAUUGGGAUUCUUCAGGACCUCAAACAUUCGUCUUCUCGGGGCUUCGACUCAAAAUCCCGGCGUUUGGAAAGGAACUGCAACUCAUCUUGAAGAGAGAUAUGCGCUUUUUAUCCCAGAAGUUCACAGUGGAGAGAAAACUGAAAGCACGCAAGGCAUCUCCGCGCGCCACGCCAACUCUCUCCAGCGCGGAGAGAGCUUGUUAUUACAGCGGGACUGUUCUCAAUUACUCAGGAUCCAUUGCCUCAUUCAGCACCUGUGCCGGCCUGAUGGGUUUCAUUCAACUCAGUGAAGAUUUUCUGUUCAUUGAACCAGUGAACCACACUGUGUCUGUCAUGGGGCAUGCCCACAGGGUGUACAGGAGGAAACGCUCCAUAGACAAGAAGUCGGACAAACAAUCCAGAGUCAAUUACUGUGCAGUCAUAUCUGACAGACAGACAAGUAAAACCAGGAAACCCUCUGAGAGUGGAAGAGGGAAAAGAUAUUCAUUUAAGCUACAUCAUGAGUACAACAUUGAGACACUGGUGGUUGCUGAUCCUGCGAUGGUCAGUUACCAUGGAUCAGAAGCUGUGAAGCGGUUCAUUCUCACAAUCAUGAAUAUGGUUUUUAAUCUAUUUCAGCACAAAAGUCUGGGGAUCCAAAUCAAUAUCAGACUGACCAAACUUGUACUCUUGUCAGAGACACCAACAGGCAUGUACAUUGGGCAUCAUGGGGAAAAGAUGUUGGAAAGUUUUUGCCGCUGGCAGCAGGAGGAGUAUGGGAGAAAGACUCUCUUGUCUGACUUCAGCUCCACAUGGAGGGAUGACUUCCCCUCUGUUGACACUGCCAUCCUUAUUACAAGGAAAGAUUUCUGCGUCCACAAAGAUGAGCCAUGUGACACAGUGGGGAUUGCAUAUCUGAGUGGCAUGUGCAGUGAAAAGAGAAAAUGCAUACUAGCUGAAGACAACGGCCUCAACCUUGCCUUCACCAUUGCCCAUGAGAUGGGCCACAAUAUGGGCAUGAGCCAUGACAGUGAACAUUCAGCCUGCAAAGAUGGUCUACACAUCAUGUCAGGAGAGUGGGUCAAAGGCCAGAACCUAGGAGAAGUAUCCUGGUCCCAAUGUAGUCGAGAAGACAUGGAGAAGUUUCUCAGGUCAAAGGCAAGUAGUUGUCUCUUACAAACAGAUCCAAUGAAUCUGAAUUCAGUUGUCCAGCCAUCCAAAUUACCAGGCAUGACUUACACAGCAGAUGAACAGUGUCAGAUCCUUUUUGGACCUUCAGCAUCUCACUGCCAGAAAAUGCAGUAUUUGAUGUGCUCAGGUCUGUGGUGCAAGGUGGAUGGAGAAGACUGCAAGACCAAACUCGACCCUCCCCUGGAUGGCACCGAGUGUGGCACAGGGAAGUGGUGCAGAGCUGGAGAAUGUGUGAGUCGAGAGUUGCCCUCUGAGCCCAACAUGGGUGAGUGGAGUUCCUGGGGGCCGUGGGGAGCCUGUAGCCGCACCUGCAGCACAGGGGUUCAGUCACGUUUCCGCAAGUGUGACAGUUCCAGGUCGGGAAGUAAGACUUUGUCCUGUGAGGGCUCUAGGGUCCAGUACAGGCUGUGUGAAAACCAGUCCUGCCCAGCUGGAGCACCCAGCUUCAGAGAUCAGCAGUGCCAAACCUUUAGCCGCCUGUCUCUCAACUGGCACUCUGUCAUGGAUGAUGAGAAGCCCUGUACCCUUUUUUGCUCCUCCUCUGGCAGGGAACAGCCUGUCCUGUUGGCAGACAAAGUCCUGGAUGGGACGUCAUGUGGCCCCACUGAGUCAGGCAUGUGUGCGAAUGGGACUUGUCAGAAAGUGGGCUGUGAUGGAAUCCUAGGUUCUCUGGCCAGAGAGGACCACUGUGGGAUCUGUAAUGGGAAUGGCAAGACCUGCAAAGUCAUCAAGGGCGAUUUCAACCACACCCAUGGAGCUGGUUAUGUGGAAGCAGUCGUCAUCCCAAAAGGAGCCAGGAGAAUACGAGUUGUUGAGGAAAAACCAGCCCAGAGCUACCUUGCACUCAAAGACACCAGCAAGCACUCUAUAAACAGUGACUGGAAGAUUGAGCACCCGGGUUCCUUCAGCAUCGCGGGUACCACUGUCCACUACGUCAGAAGAGGAUUGUGGGAGAAAAUGUCAGCCAAAGGCCCCACCACCUCACCAUUGCAUCUUAUGGUGCUGCUCUUCAAUGACCAGAACUAUGGCAUACACUAUGAGUACACAAUUACUGCAGAACCUACCAAGGAAGUGGAGAGUGGGCCAGCUCUAACACCUAGUGAACCGCUCUUCAUGUGGACACACUCAGGUUGGGAGGACUGCCAUGUCGUCUGUGGAGGAGGGGAGAGAAAGACCAUAGUGACCUGCAACAAGAUUGUCAACAAGACCACUAGUGUAGUGGAAAACAGAAAAUGCCACCAUCUGACAAAACCACAGCCACAAGUACGGAAGUGCAAUGAACAACCAUGUUUGGCCAGAUGGAUGAUGACAGAGUGGACAUCAUGCUCCCGGACAUGUGGUAAAGGUUCCCAGAACAGGCAGGUGGCUUGUACCUUGCAGCUUCCGAAUGGCACCCUGGUCAAAGCUAAGGAUCAGGACUGCACUGGCCCCAAACCUGCAGCCACACAGCGUUGUGAAGGCCAGGACUGCUUAACAGUGUGGGAAGCUGGCGUGUGGUCAGAGUGCUCAGUGAAAUGUGGACGGGGGGUGAGGCAUCGACUGGUAAAGUGCACCAAUCCGCGCAAGAAGUGUGACCUUACAACCUUUCCCCAUGAAGUGGAGGAGUGUGAGGAUUAUUCAAAAUGUUACAUCUGGAGGACAGGUGACUGGGCCAAGUGUUCAGUCACCUGUGGGAAAGGCAUGCAGUCACGCGUCAUACAGUGCAUGCACAAGAUCACAGGGCGCCAUGGCAAUGAAUGCUUCUCAUCAGAGAAACCUGCUGCAUACCGACCCUGCCAACAGCAGCUAUGCAACAAUAAGGUCAAUGUCAACACUAUCACUUCUCCACGAUUGGCGGCGCUGACAUUUAAGUGCCUGCGAGAUCAGUGGCCAGUGUACUGCAGGGUGAUCCGGGAGAAGAACCUGUGUCAGGACAUGCGCUGGUAUCAACGCUGCUGCCAAACAUGCCGGGACUAUUACGCACAAAAGAUGCUACAGAGAAGUUGA